GAUGGCGGCGGCGGAGCGGCGAGGGCCCAGUCUUCGCGUCCUGCGCGUCCCAGCUCCACGCGCUGGAGCCGCUCAGUGAAGCGGGCCCGGGAGACCCCAGGCAUGGGCUUGCCGCCGCCGGCGCCUCUGCUUUUGAGGCUUCUCUUUCUGCUGGGCUUCCUGAGGCCGCUGUGGGGGGACCUGGUUUUCAUCCCAGCUUUCAUCCGCAUGACCGGCCCUGCGGCCAGCGCUUCCCUGGUCGGAGGCACCGAGGAUGUGACCGUGUCCCUGGCCUUGCUGCAGGACGAGGAGGGAUUCCUGCCGACUCCAGCUUGUGGAGCCCUGACCAAUGACACGGGAGACUGGAGCUUGACUGUGACCCCCAGUGUGGUAAGGUUGGAGAGCGCGCUGGAGGUGACCGUGAGGUUGGAGAGGGGCGGGCAGAGCUGUCCCUCUGGCCAGACCGGUCCCUUCGCAGAGGCCCCGUGUGUCGUGCAGACUCUGCUGGUUUCAGCGUCUCGCAAUUCAUCCUGCUCAGCACAUCUGCUCGUUCGAGUGGAGAUUUAUGCCAACUCUUCUUUGGCCCAAAAUGCAUCAGAGAACGUGACUGUUAUUCCCAACCAGGUGUACCAGCCCCUGGGUCCUUGUCCUUGUAAUCUGACUGCCGGGGCCUGUGACGUCCGCUGCUGCUGUGACCAGGAAUGCUCGUCGGAUCUCAUGGGGCUGUUCAGAGAGGCCUGUUUCCCCGGCGUUUUUGGAGGCGACGUCAGCCCCCCGUUCGAGCAGCUGUGCUCGGCGCGGGGGGCGCGGGGGGCGCCGGGCUGGUUCCCGUGGCUGUGUGUGCAGUCGUCGCCCGCCACCUCGCCCUUCCUGGGUCGCUUCUACGACGGCUCCACGUCCCCCGGGCCACACGCUCCCGCGGCGGUGCAUCUGCAUUCUGAUCCGAGGGACCUCUCCGACUUCGGUUACAGACAGGGGGAUCCAGUUGUGACCGUGGACAAGGCGUACUUUACCAUUCCGCAGGUGUCCCUGGCUGGGCAGUGCCUGCGGCUUGCGCCGGUCGCCUUCCUGCAGAAUUUUGACGCGAGGUGCGCCACUGACUUGGAAGCGUACCAAGAGCAAGACGGCAUUGUCGCCGCGAAGAUAAAGAGCGGCGUGCUGGGAGGCAUCGUGACGCCAAACGUGCUCUAUGAGGAGGCCCCCGACCCAGACAGAUUCAUCACUGGUGCAGAAACACUUUUAAGUAAUGGACCGGCCCCCAGAUACGUGAAUGUGGAAGAACAUUAUAUUUUCAGAUGGAAUAAUAAUACAAUCAGUGAAAUAAAUGUCAAAAUUAUUAGGGCAGAAAUUAAUGCCCAGCAGAAAGGGACCCUGACACAGAGAUAUACAGUAAAAUUUUUAAGCUAUAAUAGUGGUGAUGAAAAGGAAUUUUCUGGAAAUCCAGGUUACCAACUCGGCAAGCCUGUUCGAGCGCUGAACACCAACAUGGUGAAUAAUGUCACGACUCUGCACCUUUGGCGACCGGCUGGAAGGAGCCUGUGUACAUCAGCAACUCUCACACCCGUCUUAUUUGGAGAAAACGCACUGUCGGGAUGUCUUCUAGAAGUGGCGGUCGGUGCAAACUGUACUCAGCUCAGGGAGAAUGCUGCUGAACUGCUGGAUUCGUUAAUGCAAGCAACUCAUGUUGCAACGAGAGGCAAUUCCGAUCACAAGGAUCCUAGCGACGGCUGGCUCGAAAUAAUCCGUGCCGACGCUCCCGGUACAGGCGCGGACCCGUCCGUCGGCGCGAACGGCACCUGCGCGGAUGUUCCUGCCCGGCUCGGCAUCCGCAUCCUCAUCUCCGACGCGGGUGCGGUGGAAGGCGUCACUCAGCAGGAGAUACUUGGCGUGGAGACAAGGCUCUCCGUCGUGAGCUGGCAGUUCCAGUGCGGCCUUUCUUGUGAAGACAAGGCCGACCUCUUCCCUGUCAGCGCGUCUGUCCAGUUUAUUAAGAUACCUGCACAGUUACCCCGUCCACUGACAAGAUUCCAGAUCAAUUUUACAGAGUACGACUGUAACAGAAAUGAAGUGUGUUGGCCACAACUUCUGUAUCCUUUGACCCGGUAUUAUCAAGGGGAGCCUUAUUCUCAGUGUGUGGCCAAGGGCUUAGUCUUGGCGUCCUUCCUCACGCUAGCGGUGCUCCUCAGUAACCCCUGGGCCAGAGCGCGCAAAGCUGCGCUGCGAAUUUACACCACGCACAGCACUGCAGGAGAGGCAUUCUCGUGGCCAGACCCCAAGCUCAACCAGAAUGUAAGUUCCUUCCAAAGAAAAUUCGUCGGUGAGGUGAAGAGGUGUGAAGAGCUAGAACGAAUAUUAGCAUAUUUGGUGCAGGAGAUUAACAGAGCGGAUAUCCCGCUUCCUGAGGGAGAGACCAGUCCUCCUGCGCCCCCUCUGAAGCAAGUCCUAGAAAUGCAGGAGCAGCUGCAGAAGCUCGAGGUGGAGCUGCGGGAAGUCACCAGGAACAAGGAGAAACUGAGGAAGAACCUGCUUGAGCUGACCGAGUACACGCACAUGCUCAGGGUGACGAAGACCUUCGUGCGGCGGAGCGUGGAGUUUGAACCCACUUACGAAGAAUUCCCUCCCUUGGAGAAUGAUUCCUUGUUGGACUACAGCUGUAUGCAGAGGCUGGGAGCGAAACUGGGGUUUGUAUCUGGCCUCAUUAACCAAGGGAAGGUUGAAGCAUUUGAGAAAAUGCUCUGGCGGGUCUGCAAAGGGUACACCAUCGUGACCUACGCGGAACUGGGUGAGCCCCUCGAGGACCCUGAAACCACGGGCUCAGCUUGCUCCAGCUCUGACUUUGCCCAGGCCUUGUGUCCCAGCUACUUCGUGGGCUUCCUGUGGUUCAGCCUGGAACCCGCCAUCUCUCCAACCACCUUGGUUCCUUUUCGUGGACGGUGUUCGCAGAGUUACCACUGCCACGUUUACCCCUACCCGAAUACAGCGGAGGAGCGGAAGGAGAUUCAGGAGGGGCUCAAUACCCGGAUUCAGGAUCUCUACACUGUGCUCCACAAAACCGAGGACUACUUGAGGCAAGUGCUGUGUAAGGCCGCCGAGUCCGUCUACAGCCACGUCGUCCAGGUGAAGAAGAUGAAAGCCAUUUACCACAUGCUGAACAUGUGCAGCUUCGACGUGACCAACAAGUGCCUCAUCGCCGAGGUCUGGUGCCCCGAGGCCGACCUGCACGAGCUGCGCCGGGCGCUCGAGGAGGGGUCGAGAGAGAGCGGGGCCGCCCUCCCCUCGUUCAUGAACACGAUCCCGACAAAAGAAACCCCCCCGACGCUCAUCCGCACCAACAAGUUCACCGAGGGCUUCCAGAACAUUGUGGACGCCUACGGAGUCGGGAGCUACAGGGAAGUGAACCCAGCUCUCUUCACCAUCAUCACCUUCCCCUUUCUGUUCGCCGUCAUGUUCGGAGACUUCGGACACGGCUUCGUGAUGUUCCUGUUUGCCCUCUUGCUCGUGUUGAACGAAAACCACCCCAGAUUAAAUCAGUCACAAGAGAUCAUGCGCAUGUUUUUCAACGGCCGGUACAUCCUCCUGCUGAUGGGGCUGUUCUCCGUGUACACGGGCCUCGUCUACAACGACUGCUUCUCAAAGUCGGUCAACCUGUUCGGCUCUGGGUGGAGCGUGGCGGCCAUGUACAGCUCCCGCCACAGCCCGGCGGAGCAGGGGAGGAUGGCGCUCUGGAACGACAGCAUCGUCCGGCACAACAGGGUUCUGCAGCUGGACCCAAGCGUUCCUGGGGUGUUCCAAGGCCCGUAUCCUCUCGGCAUCGAUCCCAUUUGGAACUUGGCCACAAAUCGCCUCACUUUCCUAAACUCUUUCAAAAUGAAAAUGUCUGUGAUUUUAGGAAUUAUUCACAUGACCUUUGGAGUCAUUCUGGGAAUAUUUAACCACUUGCAUUUCCGGAAGAACUUCAACAUUUAUUUGGUUUCCAUCCCGGAACUUCUCUUCAUGCUGUGCAUCUUUGGAUACCUUAUAUUUAUGAUCGUCUAUAAGUGGCUGGUUUAUUCAGCAGAAACCUCCAGAGUCGCCCCCAGUAUUCUGAUUGAAUUUAUCAACAUGUUUUUAUUCCCGGCCAGUGAGGCAAAUGGUCUCUACUCAGGGCAGGGGCACGUGCAGAGGCUGCUGCUGGCUGUCACGGCGCUGGCCGUGCCCGUCCUCUUCCUGGGGAAGCCGCUCUUCCUGCUGUGGCUGCACAACGGGCGCGGCUGCUUGGGCGUGAGCCGGAGUGGUUACACGCUCGUAAGGAAAGACAGCGAGGAAGAGGUUUCUCUGCUGGGGAGCCAGGACGUAGAAGAGGGAAAUAACCGAACAGACGACGGAUAUAGAGAAGUGAUGUGUGACGAGUUUAAUUUCGGAGAGAUACUGAUGACCCAGGUGAUCCAUUCCAUCGAGUACUGUCUGGGCUGCAUCUCCAACACCGCUUCCUACCUGCGGCUCUGGGCUCUCAGCCUGGCCCACGCACAGCUGUCUGACGUGCUGUGGACCAUGCUGGUGCGCGUGGGCCUCCGGGUGGACACGGCCUACGGGGUCCUGCUGCUGCUGCCGGUUGUCGCGUUCUUCGCCGUGUUGACGAUUUUCAUCCUUUUGGUCAUGGAAGGCCUUUCUGCAUUUCUUCAUGCCAUACGCCUCCACUGGGUGGAAUUUCAGAACAAGUUCUACGUCGGCGCAGGCACCAAGUUCGUCCCUUUCUCCUUCAGACGACUUUCGUCAAAGUUCAGCGAUGACGUGGCAUGAUCGAUUGCCGCACCAAACAAGCUUUCAGAUUUAUGGAGAAUUAUGUGACAGAACUGCACUUCCGUCAGAUUUACGAUAGGAAAAUCCCGUCUUCAUUGAUUGCCUUACGAUGUAGCCAAAUAAUUCUGUAAGAUAUACCUCUUCCUCAUGUUAAAUAUUUUGUAAUGCUUAUCAGUUUCAGAUACACAAAUUUCUUUUGGUUUUUAUGAUGAGCAAAUAAUAAGUUAAUGCUAUAAGUUAUGUUCAAGUUAUUUUUAAAAAUAGAGGGUUGGGGGAGAGCAGUGGUUUUGAAUGGCUAGUGAGUUGAAAAUGAUAUUAGCUACUUGAGUCCUUUUCAGCUUACUAGAAAAAAAAUACAGCAUAAUUUUGUCACUCAAAGCUGUCAGAUAAUAUUUUCCAACAGCUGAAGUUAAGUCUAGUUUUUUUAAAAAAUUUAAUGAUGGAUGAGCAAAAGAUCCACAUUUAUUCUGCUUGAUUAAAAGUAUGUAAACGUUUUGUAUUGUAUGUUGUCUAGAACUGCGAGUAGGGGACCGUUUCUACAAUUUGUCUUGUUUUAGUAAUUGGGGGAAAUGGGGUAGGAUGACGUACAGCAGGUGGCUCACUCACUUGUGUAUUUUCUUCUCCUUGUAUGAAACCAAUCAUGAUCGUUGUAUGUUGGAAUGAAAAACUGUACCCUGAGCCUUAACACCCGGUGUGACUGUCAAAGAUAAAGUAGGAUGUGAUUUGAACUUAGGAACCGACUGAGCUGAUGUUACCGAUGUUACUGGACCUUCAAGAGGGUUUAUACCGAGUGAAGGGAAGGUAAAAAGUAGUAUUUUGUAUAUUUUUAUAACAAAAUAUAAAUUACGAUAUUUUACCAUCAGGAGAUUGCACCUGUCCUUGGGAACGGUAUAAUUCUAAUUUUUUACUUUCAGACUAAUUCUAAAUAAAGGUCUGGUAAAGGUAUUUAGAGUUAA